AACAACCGCUUUCUGCCAUGCGUCAAUAUUCCAGCCACGGUCGGCUGGCGCUAUUGGCACUGCUCAGCGCGGCUUCGGCGGUCGCGGGUUAUGAAGUUACAUUCGCCGACUCCGAUUACUCCAGGCAGGUAUGUUCUGGGAUGUGGGGGGACUCAAAUACCUACAUCAAUGUCACCUUCGACCCACGAACAUCCUAUGGCCAGGUAGCUAUGGCUAUAUACGAGUGGAAAGACGUCAAGUAUCUGGGUGCGGUCACUUCUGAGUCGGACGAUUCUCUUCCCCAGAAGACCUACGUAUGCACUACGGACGCUGUAACCUCUGGGCUGUGCCUGUACCAAGAUAUUGGCAAAUUCAUCUACAGCUCGGACGAUGGCACCCCAAUGAAUCAGACAAGUUUCUGGACUGCAAGUGUUACGCUGGAUCAAGUGGUGUCUUCACACAAACAACAAGACAAAAGAGGCGGAAUUGCUUCAAUUCAGACUCACCCCAUCGCUCGCCAGGAAAGCGAGACUCUCAAUCCGAGCCCUGCUGGCACGCUGACGUAUACUGGCCCAAUCCAAUAUCAAGUUCGCAAGACUGGCUAUUAUUGUGUGGCCAUUGUGCCUGUUACGAUCAUUCCACCUACUACUCGCCAAGUUUCUAGUGAUACGCCGUCCCAUCCCACUUACAGUGGUGUCGUUCUCUUCCAAAAUACAUUUGACGGCCAACUCCCUGCCGCAGACUAUCCCAAAGUUAACUUUUACCUUUCCAUGUUCUUUGCAUAUGCACUGCUGGGGUGUGCUUGGGCUUGGCUAUGUUACAGACAUAUGACUGAGCUACUACCCAUCCAAUAUUAUCUGUCCGGUCUCGUGGCUUUCAUGAUCGUUGAGAUGGCUGCGAACUGGGUAUAUUAUCGGUACCUCAAUGCGCACGGCAAGAAUACUGCUUCGAUCGUCUUUCUCUUCGUUGUUGCCAUUCUGGAUGCCGGCCGGAAUGCGCUUUCAUUCUUCAUGUUGCUCGUGGUUUCACUUGGCCUCAGCGUGGUCAGGGAAACAUUGGGUAGAACAAUGAUAAAAUGCCAGACUCUAGCUGCGGCUCACUUUGUCUUCGGAGUACUAUAUGCUGUCGGGAUCGUCGAGCUCUCACUCGAGUCGACGUCGGCAUUGGUUCUCCUGCUAUUUGUUAUCCCAUUGGCCUUCACGCUUAGUGGCUUCCUUAUGUGGAUUUUGCACUCUCUGACUGGCACCAUGAACCAGUUGGCCGCUCGUAAGCAACGAUACAAGCUCAAAAUGUUUCAACGGUUGUAUUAUAUCUUGCUUGGUGCCGUGGUUGUGAUUGCAAUAUUUUUCGUCGUGUCAUCAUACUCGUUCUCGGACCGACUAGCGGAAGAUUACGCGGCAAAAUCAUGGCGUGCGAGAUGGUGGCUCCUUGACGGUUACCUUGCCCUUCUAUUUUUCGUCGCUUUCUGGUCGAUCGCCUACCUCUGGCGGCCUACGGAAAAUAACCGCAGGCUUGCGAUGUCAGACGAGAUCGCACAAGAGGACGAGGAUGCGGAAGAUUACGACCUUGAAGCCCUUCAGGACAGAACCGCUGCACGAGAGGACGACGAGAUUACUCUUGUAAACAACCGAAGGGAACCGGAUCCACUUGCGGAAAACCAUGUCGUCUUCGAGAUUGGCGAUGAGGACGCCGGCAGCGACGAUGAAAGUGAUGCCACUAAGAAACGCCGAGGUGGCGAGCGGAAGUCGGUUGAAGAGCUUGAGGGUUCGACUGACGAGCGGGAGGGUCUCAUGGGGGGAAGGUCGAGAAACAGGAAUGAUUAGACUACCCACGGACGCUCCUUUCUGCACUCAUUGGUCUCUUUCUCAUAUCUAUUAGUACAUGUAGAAUACGCCUUUACUUUCGACGGCUGGUAUGGAACAUGGUAUAAGACCGUCGAGGUUCGGGAAAAUAGUAAUUGCUUCCAAUCCGGUGCCCAUC